AUCACUGUCAGCAACGAUGAGGUCAGCAACCCCUCCUUUCUCGACCUGGUGAGGACUCCUCAGAUGAGAAGGAACACGCUCAUCCUGAUGUAUGCCUGGUUCACAAGUGCCCUGGUCUACCAAGGACUUGUCAUGCGCCUAGGAAUCGUUGGAGGAAACCUCUACCUAGACUUCUUCAUCUCAGGAGCUGUGGAGCUGCCUGCCGCUCUCCUAAUUUUAGUGACAAUUGAUCGCAUUGGCCGGCGCCUUCCCUUUGGAAUAAGCAACAUUGUGGCAGGAAUUUCAUGCCUCAUUACUGCCUUCUUGCCAGAAGAUAUCCCAUGGCUCAAAACGACGGUUGCCACCCUGGGAAGACUUGGCAUCACGAUGGCUUUUGAAAUAGUCUACCUUGUGAACAUUGAACUGUACCCUACGACACUGAGAAACUUUGGUGUUUCCCUGUGCUCGAGUUUAUGUGACCUAGGUGGAAUCGUAGCCCCAUCCAAACCCCAUUUCCUGCUUUUCCGAUUAGCAGCCAUUUGGUUGGAGCUACCUCUAAUUAUUUUCAGUAUUCUCGCAGUUGUCUGUGGGUUCCUAGUACUGUUUUUACCAGAGACAAAGGGAAUCUCCUUGCCAGAGACAGUGGAGGAUGUGGAGCAGCUUUCAAGUCAUUUUGGUAAAUGUGGCAAGAAAUGGAAACACCAGGACACCAGCUCUCAUAUUUGA